AUGGCUCCUCCCAGGUUGAUGGCGACAGACACGCCACGAACCACCGCAAAGCAGCAACAGCAGCACCACCACGCGCUGAGGGGCACGGUACUGGCGCUCGCUGGCGGGCUGCAGGUGCCAGCGAGUGCAAUCAAAGUCAAGGACAUGUUUCCUGGUGAUUUCAGCGACGACGUCAAAGUCACUCUUCAGCAUGUACUGCUCUGCCUCAAGGUCGAAGCAACGAACACUCGCGAUCUUAUGCCAGCACCAGCAUACGAAGCCCUCUCGUACGUAUGGGGCUCAGAGAAGAAUCCCGGCCAAGUCAUCGUCCCUGGAAUAUCCGGAAACACCACCAUCUCAAUCACUUGA